AUGGUAAAGCUCAAAAAGGGUUCGAAACGCCAGAACCUGGCUAAGAAAUAUAACAUUCAACGAAUGGUUGCCGCACAUAAAAAAAAGGCGCGGAAACUUAAGAACAAAGGCGAAUUACCUGUCACGCGACGGAAACCGGAACCAAUCCCCAACUGCAUUUUCAAAAAAGAAGUGCUGGAAAACAUUAAACGCACCAAGAAACUGACAGAUUUACACGCACAGGAACAGCAGAAACGUCGGGAAUCUUCACAGGUACACGGCGGCAAUGGAAGCGCCGAGAGCUUUGCCGAUCCGUUACCUAUUGUGCCACAUUUAUCAUAA